GCAGGACCGCGCCGGCCGCCCCCCCCCGCCCCCCGCCCCCGCUCCCUGCCCGCCGGGCCCGCCCCGCUCCGCCGGUGGCGGCCGGAGCGCGUAUAGCGGUGGCAGGGUCCUCCCGUCGGGGCGGCACGGUGAUGGGCGGCGCGGCGCUGUCGGGAGCGCUGUGGCUGGGGCUGCUGUGGGCCGGGAGCGGGGCCGGGGGGAGCUGCUCGGGAAAGUGCUGCGAGGGCCGGGACGCCGCCUGCGUCGGCCAGGGCUGGAGGGAGCGGGGCGGCUACGGGACCUGCUACUGCGACGGAGGAUGCCGGCGAGCCGGCGACUGCUGCCACGACCACGGCCAGGCGUGCCCGGCUCUUCCAUGUGUUGUGGGGGAGUGGAGUCAUUGGAGUGGCUGUGCAGAACAAUGUCAACCUGACCUGCGGAUACGUAGGCGCUAUGUACAACAGGAACCUAAAAAUGGUGGGGAACCUUGUCCUGCUCUAGAGGAGAAGGCUGGCUGCCUGGAAUACCUGACUUACCAGGGAGAGGACUGUGGCCAUGAACAUGUCCCUGCUUUCAUAACUACCUCUGAAUAUGGUAAAGAAAGAAAACGACGAGCAGCAUCUUCUCUCUGGCCUUCAGACAAAGAAGAAGCUGGAUACUGUGUGGAAUUUAAAACAGAAUCACUUUCACACCACUGUGCUUUGGAGAAUCGGCCGUAUGCUCGAUGGAUGCAGUACCUACGAGAAGGACAUAUUGUGUGUGUAGCUUGCCAGCCUCCAGCCAUGAAUACUGACACGCAUCGCUGUUCUGGAGAUGGCCAUAAUGCAGAUAGAAGUAAAAUCUUACACUGGGAAGCAGUUGGCAACUCUCAGUGCCAAGGAACCUGGAAGAAGAUUCGGCAACUGGAGCACUGUUCAUGUCCCCUUGUGCAUAGCUUUAUUUUUACAUAAAAGUUUAAAAGACCUUUAAAACAGCAACAACAAAAAGAUUAAGAAAAUUAACACCAAUGCCAAGAAACCUGCAUGUUUCUGCUGCAUUUUCUGGAACCUAAAAAAAACUUUAAAGGAGUCAGAACUUUGGAAGAAACAUUUCGGGAAACUCUCUCUGCCUUAAUACAAAACGCUAAGACGGAUCUUCGUAUUAGAACACUAGAAGCAUUUUUCCAUGUUUGUCUUUUGUAAUUAAAGAGCUGAUGUUUCUAAU